GAGGAUGCAAAGGCGGCAAGGAAGAACCAAAUGACAGCGAAGAGAGGACGAAAGAAGAGUACCGAGGAGACGAAGAGCAAAGGCAGAUCGAAGAAAGCGCAGAAGAUGAGCCGCGAGGUCGAAGACGAAAAGGACGAGCCAUCUUCACCGAAGCAGAAGGAAACUAAGCGUACGGCUAAGAAGCAGAGCGUCUCCUAUCCGAACCAUACGGAGGAGAAGGGCACGCUCGCCAAAGCCAUACGCUCACUGCCGUCUGAAAAAUCUACGCAGGUGCCGGGACCAGAGGACCAGAAAGAUGCCACGACCACGGAUGAGGAAACCGAAGAUUCGUCCCGGUCCAAGCCCACUUCGCUGAGAUUCGCAUCGAAGAAGAACACUCCGCUUCAUAGGAGGACAAGGAUUGGACGUUUGAAGGAGCAAAAGGAGAAGGAGGAGGAGGAGGAGGACAAGGCUGGCAAGUAAGAUGACCA